ACACACUACAUACAUAUAUACAGACGCGCUUUCAUCUCCAUCCAUUGAACUAUCGACUUCUCGAAAGCGAUAGAGAGCCGGUUUAUAACAGAUUGAUCCAUUAAUAGCUUUGCCUUUGGCCUUCGUUUGAAGAAACGAGACCCCCGGAACCAACCCCAAGCAGACUUUUCUGGGCUUGGUCGCGUUGGACUGAGUUGAGGCACUGCAGUCAUGUUCCAGUGGGUGCAGGUCGCCCAACCAGCCCUGAGAUUAGUGGGUGUAAUCCCUCGGUCCUUGUCCCUCUCGGCCCCGUCCUCGGCCAAACGAUGGACCAAGAAAACCCGGAUUCCGUUCGAGGAUCAGUUCCACAACCCGGUUAACGAGGUCUAUGGCCACCGCAUCCCACCGGACAAAGGACAUGUGUACGACAAUAAACCCUUCAAAGUGGCCGUCCAAAAGCAUCGCGUGUACACGUGGUGCGGCUGCGGUCUGUCGCACAGUCAGCCGUUUUGCGACGACUCGCACCGCAAUCGCUACAUCCAGGGCAUGGUCCAAGGCGGCCCGGUCAAGUACGUGGCCACCGAGGACAAGGACGUGUGGUUUUGCAACUGUAAGCAGACCGCGCAUCGGCCGUUUUGCGACGGAUCGCAUCGAGCCCAAGAGAUUCAAGAAGCCCAUUUAGAGGGCAAAGUGCUCAUCUUUAACCCGAAGCGCUCCUGAAGGAAGCGGAGCCCACUCAGUCAUCUCAUGAUUCAACUCGUAUUAGGUCGUCAGGAUAAUAAACGUGUAUGAUGUA